AUGGCCGCGGCGGCGCCGGAGGCUGCGGCCGACAGUGCGCUGUCGGCGACGCUGAGCGUCUACCAGGCGGCACGGCGCAUCAAGCGGCGGGCGAGCACGCUGUACAACGCGCUGCGUAGCGUGGCGGAGGACGCAUCCUUCGUGGCGGAGGUCGCGGCGCUGUGGCCCUCGCUGCCGCUGGUAGCCAACCUCCGCUGCGGCCUCUGCGUUUCAGGAACCUUGAAUCAGGGUUUAGCAUAUGUUCUGUCAUCUACUCUGCUGAAUGGAGAUGCCGAAAAUAACUCUGAUUUAUCUAAUUGGGAUAGCUCAGUGCACCUUCCUGUAUGGGUUCUAGGCACUGAGAAAAAUGCUAUAGAGGGGCGUAUUGAUGAAUGGACAGACCAAUUUGAAUCAUGUGGUGCAGAUAUUCAUUCUCUUGCAGUAGGUUUGCAAAAGCCACUACGUCCUCUAUGGAUCUCACAAAGGACACGCAUAUGGUUAAAUGAAGUGCCGGAGCUUGAGUCAUGGGAUUUCACUCCUAUUAUUCUAAUUUCCGCAUCUGCAUCUGAAGUAGUUGCUACACAGAGGAUGUCUUCAGAAUUCAGCUGGCGCUGUAUUCCUGGAGCAGGAGACGAUGAAGAGAGUUGGGCACGUGGUCUAACUCCUACCUUAUUCUGGAAGCAUUCAUAUGACCUUCUUGAUGCUGGACCAGAUCAUUGUAACCAGUUAGUUGCAGAUAUUGUUGAAAAAGAUAGGGUUUAUCGUUCACAGAGAGGUGAACAUUGUCCUCAAAUUACAUCUAAGUCUCUGAAGAGCCUUGGUGGUGCCAAAUGUAAUGAUGAUCAGACAAGCGAGAUGUGGACUAUGAACUUGGAUCCUUGUACCAGUACAAUGGAUGCACAAUGUUCUAAUAAUGGUCUUCCACUCUUUUGGAUUGGAACAUCGAACCUUGCAGUAUCAUCUACAUUCCAAGUUGGAGAUGCCUUAGUUGGUGUGGACUGCAUACUGAACUGUGACAGCACGUCAAAGCUACCUUCUAAUUCAUCAGAAAAUUCUUACCUUGAGCUAUCUAUUGUGGGCUCAAAGGAUGACCGAUUUUCAUUGAUGAGAAACCUUCCAAAAGCAGUUGACUUUUCAAAGAGGAAUUUGAUUGCUGGGAGAAAAAUCCUUGUGUGCUGUCAAAAUGGAGAAGAUAUAAGUAUUUGUGUGGCCUUGGCAAUAUUGGCCUUGUUAUUCGAUGAUAACGGAUGCUUUGACUAUGGAAAUUAUUUUGUCAAAAGUGAUGUCACAAAGUUGGAGAUGAGGAAGAGGCUGGUAUUCAUCUGCAAAUUUGCUGUAAAUGCACGGCCAUCUAGAGGAAACUUGAAACAGGUGUAUGCUUGUCAUGUUUGA